AUGACAAGCCCUUCCAGCAGCAAGGUGUCAUCCGCUGGACCCUCAUCGAUGGUAAUUGCGGGUCGCCCAUCGCCUGCACGGAGUCGCAAACCACACCCGCUCUCCGACGCCCCAUUCACCUUUGAUUAUGUCCAUCAGCAGCCUAUACCGCCGGGACGUACAGAGACCUUCAGCGACUCAUCUACCUCACUUGAGGUAUCAAGGCGGUCAAAGACUUUGUCGCAAGUCAGCGAUACGAGCGCCCUGCAGGAGGUCGAUCUCAAUCGACUAGUUGAAGGGAGGUUGAGAAAGAAGAGGUUGAGUGACGAGGAGGUUACAGUCAAAGCGAAAAAAUCGAAGACAGAUGAUCCACCACCUCGGCCAAAUAUCGAAGUCAUGCUGAUGGACUACCAAUCGGACUCGUCUGCGGACUUUACCGAGUCGGAGGGUGGUGAUAGUGAGGCCGAAAGGAAGGAGGACGAGGAUGAUAUCGGGAUGGAGAGCGACUCUUCAGAUGAGUGGGUACAUGAAGAUGUAGGAGGAUAUGCGGAGGAGGCGGAAGAGGGAUCGGAGGGAUCAGGCGGAUCGGAGGACGGUCUCGACGGCUCAAACCCGGCGCUCGAAUGUCUUCCUCCCACCCUCCGGGCCGUCGGAAGCAACAUGCUCUAUAUGCAGCGGCGGAUCGAUCGACUCGAGAAGACACUUCUCCCCCUCAAAGCCAACAAGGCCCGCGCCGGGCGCAUCUCGCGGCAGCUCGAAGCGGAGCGCUUCGUCUCGGCACGGUACCGCCAUCUCGUCCAGAGCCUUCAGCAGCAGCUGGUCUCUAUCAUGGAGUCGAAAGAGCACCUGGAGCAGAAGUUGAAGAAGGCGCUGGCUCCUCAGCUGGAAGCGGAAAAGAGGGCGAAGGAAGCGGAGGAAGCCCUCGCUCUUGUCAAGGAGGCGAGUGACCAGCAGCGGGGGGAGCUUGUUUCGGCGAGGGAUGCGGCAGAGGGGGAACGGGCGGCGGCGAUGACUCGAGCGCUCAGCGCCGAAGUGCGGCUGCGGGUGAUGGAGAAGAAGUAUGCCCAGCUGGAGGUGGAAGUGGAGGGGAAGCGGAAGGAGACAUUGACGUUGGGGAGCCUCCUCAAUCGGACGCGCGCGGAGCUCGGAGCGGCGGCGCAGAACCUCUCGGCUAUGGAGACGGAGCGUCUGCAAUUACUCGAUUCUCGACAGCGAGCGGAGGAUCGGGCGCAGAACGCCGAGACGGAACUGGUAUCGGCGCGACAGCAAACGGCGCAUCUCACAGCGCAACUCGCUCAAGCGGUAUCGGCCCACUCGGACGCGCAGAGCGGGAUUGCCAAUAUUAGCGCAUACCUCGAAUCGGCCCGAGCGGAGACAGAGCUCGCUCGAGAGCAGAUCCGGGCUCAGACUUCGGCGUGGGCGGCCACCGAGCAGCAGCUACAGGGUCAGCUGGGUCAGGCAAAGCGCCUCAAAGAGGAGGCAUAUGGGAAGAUCAGUCAAUCACAGGCGGGGCACAAGGAGGCGGAGAAGCGGAAGGAGGAGCUGAAGCCGGCUCUUCGGCUGGAGCGGGUGGCGGCGGAUGAGAUUGGUGGCAAGUUGAGGGUGGCGGAGGGGAGGACGGCGGAGGUUGAGCGGAAAUUGGGGAUGAUGAGGGAGGCGCACGAGAUGGAGAGGGAGAUGUACGUUCAGAAGAUAAGGACACUCUCGGAGGCGCGUUCUGGGGCGUCGAAGGCCUGCCGCACGGACCGACCAAGCUCCGCCCCUUCGCCUCGUCUCAUCCUCGCCACGAUCCUCCUCCCUCUUUCCCUUCCCCCGACUACUUACCUACGGCCGGAGUGGCAUUCAGUCUCGCCUCAUCUUGUAUCGCGAAAGAUGGCGUCGCGCUCGUACUCGGAUCAUCAGGCCAACCAAGCAGAGCAGAAGCGGAAGCUGCAGCUGGACGGGCCGUAUGAGGAGACGGAGGCUGGUCCAGCUGGUCACACCAGCUUUGGCCCGACUGACACGUCAAACCAAGCUGUCCAAGGCGAGCUCUCGGAUCACUGCGACAGGAAACGGCCGAACGAGGACGGCCGGGAGUCCGACUCGUCAGCCGAGGCCACGGAAUUGGAAGGCGAAGCUAGCGACAUAGAGGACGAGUCGAUGGAUAGCGACUCGUCUGAGGAGUGGGCGGAGGUGGGUGAAGGGGAAGAGUCAGCAGGAGAAGAGGAGGAUGAAGAAGGGGAGGAUGAGAUGGGUGGAGCGGAGAAUCUCGAGCCGAUGGCAUCCGGGUCAACCCUCGGACAUAUCCACCCUACGCUCCGAGCGGCCCACUCCACCAUCCUCGCUCUCGAACGGCGGCUCUUUGGGCUCCGCAAGACAAGCUCGUCCUCGACCUCCAAGACUCGGACCGAUCGGCUCAUCCGCCAGCUCGACGCCGAACGCUUCAUCACCUCCCGAUACCGUCAAGUCGCCCGGAAGCAGCAGUUACAGCUCGUCGCUGCCGUCGAGGGGAGAAGAGAAGCAGAGAAGCGGCUGCAUACUGCAGGCCUGGCUCGAUGGAGGUCCGAGAAGAAACUGGGAGAGGCGAUGCAGGAGCUUGCCCAGGUCAAGGCUGCGGGAGAACGCCAAAGGGAAGAGUCGAUGACGGAGAGGGUGGCGGCUAGAGGGCAGCACGAGGCGGAGGUGGCGAGGGCUGUACGAGCCGAGGAACGCCAGGCAUCGGCCGAGAAAAGGGUCGCGCAGCUCGAGGCGGAGGCAUUGGCGAUGCGGAAGGGGUCGUCAGCGGAGAAGGCGGAGCUCGAUCGUGUACGCGGGGGACUGGCGGAGGCGGUAUGGAGGACCGGUCAGACUAGAGAGGAAGUCACCCGAGUGGCCGCCCAGCGGAACGCGGCGCAACAGGAAGCUCAAGAUGCUACUGCGGCGCUAGCAUGGGCGCGGAAGGCGACGACGGACGUCGAGACGCUCCUCGGCCAAGAGAAAGCGGCGUGGACAGUUAGCGACCAGCGACUGGCGACCCUCACUCAGACCACCGCCCGCACGAUACAGCAACUCGAGCACCGACUUCGAGAGGCAGAGCAACGCAGGGACGACUCCCGGAUCCCCGACAAUAAGGCCUGCCGACUCCUGAUGCGGUCGAAUCAGCAAGUUCACGAUUCUCGGGAGGAGUCGGAGCGCAGGAGGAAGGAGGCGGAAGAGGGGAAGAAGGAAGCGGAGAGGCAGGGCGAGCAGUGGAAGGCAACGUGCGAGACGGCACAAGCGGCGAAGGAGGAGGCGGUGCAGCGGCUGCGGGCUAUGGAAGAGGGGGAGGCGGAGGCCGAAAGAAAGCUGGACCUGAUGAGGGAAGCGCACGAGCUAGAGCGGGAGAUGUACGUGGAGAGGCUGCGGGCCUUGACGGGGAGGACGGGUGUCAAGGUGGAGAGGGGGGAUUGA